AUGGUCGACCGCACGCGCCUUAUUAUCACAUUGAAGGAAAGAAACGCAAGACAGGCCCGAACAUUGUCGAUAGAUCGAUGGUUUGCAGUCAUGAUAACUACUUCCGGUGCGAGGGUCGGGUUCAGACAUCACGUGAUGCAACUAAUGAAAAAAAAACUUGAUAUUGUAAUUCUUUCUUUCUUUCUUUCUUUCUUUCUUUCUUUCUUUCUCGUUUUUAUUUAUUUCUCUACAUAUUUCUUCUUUGAUUUUCCACAUUUUAUAUUGUUUGCUUCUUUCUUUCUUUCUUUCUUUCUUUCUUUCUUUCUUUCUUUCUUUCUUUCUUCCAGAAUCCAGACUUAUUUCUUCUUUUAUUGUCUUGAUUCUUCUUUCUUUCUUUCUUUCUUUCUUUCUUUCUUUCUUUCUUUCUUCUUGCUUCUUUCUUUCUUUCUUUCUUUCUUUCUUUCUUUCUUUCUUUCUCGUUUUUAUUUAUUUCUCUACAUAUUUCUUCUUUUAUUUUCCACAUUUUAUAUUGUUUGCUUGCUUCUUUCUUUCUUUCAUUUUUCUUUCUUUCUUUCUUUCUUUCUUUCUUUCUAUUUCUACUUUACUCAUCCUUCCUUUUUUCUUUCUUUCUUUCUUUAUUACUUUCUUUCUUUCUUUCUUUCUUUCUUUUUUUCACUUCUUCAUUUCUUUCUUUCUUUUCUGUUUAUACUUCAUCCAUGCUUCUUUCGUUCUUUCUUUUGGUUUCUUUGUUUUCUUUAUUUCUGUCAUUCUUUCUUCCUCAUUUCUACCUCCCUUUCUUACAUACUAUCUUUCUUUCUUUCUUUCUUUCUUUCUUUCUUUCUUUCUUUCUUUCUUUCUUUCUCAUAA